CGUGUCCAAUAAUCGUACUGAAAAACAUUUUGUCAUCAAAAUGGCAAAAACAAGUACCAAGAAACCAAGAAUUAGAGACCAUGUCAACAAAUCAAAACAUAGCAUGAAUCCAGACAGAAAGAAAGGCGAAGGAGGAGCCAAUAUGCGUGAUCGUGCCACAAUCAAACGUCUGCAGAUGUACAAAAAUUUCAAACCAAAAAGGGAUAAGACAGGCAAGAUCACUAAAGCCGCUCCUUUCCAGUCUCGCCUUCCUUCUGGGAGUGUAGCUAGAGUUGAACCCAAUAGGAAGUGGUUUGGAAACACAAGGGUUAUAACACAGAGUGCUCUACAAACUUUUCAGGAGGAGAUGACCAAAGUCAAGAAAGACCCUUACAAAGUGGUGAUGCGACAGACAAAACUCCCAAUUACCCUUCUUAAUGAAACAGCAAAACAUGCAAGAGUACAUCUCUUAGAUACAGAAAGUUUUGAAUCAACAUUUGGAAAAAAAUCACAGAGAAAAAGACCUAACCUGAAAUUUGAAGAUAUGCAGGCUUUAGUGGAACAGGCAUCCUCUUCAGCAGAUAAAUAUGACUCAGGAAAAGACCGUGAUCUUGUAACAGAGGAACCAGAAUUUAAAGAAGAAAUGCCAGAAAUCAUCUUCAAAGCAGGACAAUCGAAACGAGUGUGGGGAGAACUUUACAAGGUGAUAGAUUCAUCAGAUGUGGUGGUGCAGGUAUUGGAUGCACGAGACCCACUUGGCACCAGGUGUUACCAGAUAGAACGCUACAUGAAAAAGGAAAAACCACACAAACAUCUCAUCUUUGUCCUUAACAAAGUUGACCUCAUUCCAGUCUGGGUAACUCAAAAAUGGGUGGCUAUUCUGUCGUCCGAAUAUCCUACAAUGGCUUUCCAUGCCAGCAUCACCAACCCAUUUGGGAAAGGUUCUCUCAUUAAUCUUCUUCGACAGUUUGCCAAGCUUCACACAGACAAGAAACAGAUAAGUGUUGGAUUUAUUGGUUAUCCAAAUGUUGGAAAAAGCUCCAUCAUCAACACCCUUCGAGCCAAGAAAGUCUGUAAUGUUGCACCUAUAGCAGGAGAAACAAAGGUGUGGCAGUACGUGACACUGAUGAAGAGGAUUUACCUAGUUGAUUGUCCAGGUGUGGUGUAUCCUUCUGCAGAUUCCAAAGCCGAGUUUGUCCUCAAAGGAAUUGUACGUGUAGAAAUGGUGAAGACGCCAGAGGAUUACAUCCAAGAAUUGUUGAAACGUGUGAAAAAGGAUUACAUCAAACAGACAUACAAGGUGGAGGAAUGGACUGACGCUGAGAACUUUCUCGAGCAACUUGCCAAAAAGUGUGGAAAAUUGCUUAAGGGUGGAGAACCAGACUUCAGCACAAUGGCAAAGAUGGUCCUUAACGACUGGCAGAGAGGCAAAAUCCCCUACUUUGUUCGGCCUCCUGGCAGUGAAGAGGAUGAGAGCAGCAAUAGUAAUAGAGAACAGAAGACUGAAAGCACUGUAGAAGAAGAGCAGAUUAAGGAUGACGCAAAGGUACAGGAAAAGCAAGGGGACACAACUCAGUUAGAGGACGUUGAAGCUACCGAGACCACUGUGGAAGCCAAUGUAAAGAAAGGUGUAAUACCAAAGGUACGACAGGACCUCAGUAAAAUUAACGUAGCGCCUGUCUUCAUGGCUGAGGACAUUAAAACGCUGGAACUGGAUACAUUAGAUGGAGAUGAUUCUGAAGUUUCUGAGUCAGAGGAGGAAGAAGAUGAAGAUGUAAACAAUAAAGAGGAGAGCAACAGUAAGACAAUGGACGGUGAAGACACUAAACACGAGAAAAAAAAUCCUGCGAAACAAAGUAGUAAAGAAACGUGUGAGGAGGAGUUUGUGAAUGGUGAGGAGUGUGAAGAACUAGACACAAGUUUGAUUAAUGCAGACUCUUCAGACAGUGCGACAGCUGAGAAAAAACACACAAAGAAAGUUAAAUUUGAUUCUGCUGCUCAAAUUUGUGAGACAAACACCACGUCCAAAACACGGGGACAGAAGAGAAAACCAGAAGUGAAACAGAGCAGAAGUGGCAAGUUUCUUGUAACACAGAUUGAGGAGGAGGAGGAAGAAAAUUUGCCAAAGAAACAGAAACUAACCAGCAAACAGAGACGGCGAUUAGAGAGAGAAUCCAAAACAAAGAAGAUAGGUUCUCAGUUCUAUACCCAGACUAAUGUGAAAAACAAAAACCGCAAAAGAUGAUGUGAACAGGAAUGGAUAUGUAAUGAUAAGAAAUAAAAAGAGAUUU